CUGCGGGAGAGGUGAGCCAUCUUCCCCCGGCAGACUGAUACACUCUGAUAGAGCCUGGACCAGAGGGAUACGGAAAAAUACUGAGGAUCCCGGUGUCAUUUGGAGGCUGAGACGAUUAUAGGACGCCAAAACAACCGGUGUCAGUCGGGAAGGAAGAUCUCUGAAGGACUCGUCAGAAUUUCGGCAACAGAGCUGACCGAGGGACCAGCUUUUAACGUCAGACAGAAGGCUCUAAUACUAAUACAAAGAACGGAAACAUUGAGCUAGGAGCGGGGAUUAAUAUCGAUAUAUGAACUGUAUGUAACCUAGGAAAAUGCAAAAGUCCAGAAGAUAGGUGGUAUAAAUAAGCAUGUAGUCCCUGUCGUCCGACAGGUGUAUACCCUCACCAGUAAAUGUAAACAAACAGCUCUUCAAGCUAGCUAAGUUAGCUUAGUUAGCUUUCUAUUGCUAACGUAAGGUAACGUUAGUUGUACCGAAGCAGAACGAAGGCAAACCGAGCUGAAGAAGUCUGUCGUCGGCUUCAACACCAAAUUCAACCUCAACAUAGUCGUCUGCAGCGAAUGACAGCGGUGUGUAACGUUAUUUUCUCAGUAUGCAGCUACUAGCAUAAUUAGCCUAACGUCGGCUACAUGUUCUUUACAUUAGCAGCCCAGCACAAUAACAUUAAACUAGCACACUAAAUGUGGAACAGAGAAGACAAUUUGACAAUACUACGUGUGUUUUUGACAUCGACUCGUUUAAAAUAGCUAUGAGUGUGAUUAAACACUUUUACACAGGAUUGGUGUAAUGCUACAAUAAAUAAUCUAGAUAGUCAUCGUAGUCCAGUUGGUUGGUUGAAAAGAGUAGAACGUCGGGAUGAAUGAAAACAACUUAGUGGUCUCUUGAAGAUCUAAUCACACUGCUAACCACAGCCAGCGUUUUUGCAAAGCUACAUGUCGUAUUGGCGUUCUUGGCUGCAUGGUGGGUGGAAAUGUGUGUAUGACCGCAACAAUACUUAGCUGGUGAGUUUGGCUCGUUUCUGUCGGCGGCGGCAGUCGGUAAUAGUACCGUCACACAGACGACAGGACCUUCUGUUCAAAGUAAUAACGUUAGGCUGUAAAGGGAGCCAUAACUCAGCCAGGCAGCAUGGAGUGGGUUAUUACAUCGAUCUAAAUGACUAGUAGUUUGAUUUGACUGUGUAAGAGACCUGAGGAAGUUACAUUUAGACACUUUGUGGUUGUAGUUUUGAAGUGUACAGCGUUAUAUCCCUGCAGCCUAUUUAAAGGAGACCACCGCCUUGUCAGAGUUUGUGUUAUGUAGCUGUGUUUGAGGGCCCAGCGGUAAGCCUCUCAGCUGUGUUUUGGUUGCUAGUGGCCUCCCCUCCCCCAGUCUUGAGACUCUUGAUUCUCCCCGAGUGUUGGACACUGCUCGCCGGGUUUCCCCUUGAUUGUUAGAGUAAAGAAAGGCCGUGGCCUCAAGUCGCAGUCCUCUGGACUUCGAAGCAGUUAAAAAGUGGAUGUAAUGGAACUGAUGUUCGCCGAGUGGGAGGAUGGGGAGAGGUUCUCCUUCGAAGACUCGGACCGGUUCGAGGAAGACUCUCUGUGCUCCUUCAUCUCAGAGGCCGAGAGCCUCUGUCAGAACUGGAGGGGAUGGAGGAAGCAGUCCGCCGGACCCAACUCCCCAACUGUCAAGAUUAAAGAUGGCCAGGUGAUUCCACUGGUGGAGUUGUCAGCGAAGCAGGUAGCAUUCCACAUCCCGUUCGAGGUGGUGGAGAAGGUCUACCCCCCUGUCCCAGAACAGCUUCAGCUCCGCAUCGCCUACUGGAGCUUCCCCGAGAAUGAGGAGGACAUCAGGUUAUAUUCUUGCCUGGCUAAUGGGAGUCCCGAUGAAUUCCAACGUGGAGAGCAGCUCUACAGGAUCAGAGCUGUCAAAGACCCCCUGCAGAUCGGCUUCCACCUGAGUGCUACAGUGGUGUCCAGUCAGGCCGGUCAAUCUAAAGGAGCCUACAACGUGGCUGUCAUGUUUGAUCGCUGCCGCAUCACUUCCUGCAGCUGCACCUGUGGUGCUGGGGCCAAAUGGUGUGCCCAUGUGGUGGCACUCUGCCUCUUCAGGAUCCACAAUGCAUCAGCAGUGUGUCUGAGGGCUCCAGUCUCUGAGUCUUUAUCCAGGCUGCAGAGGGACCAGCUCCAAAAGUUCGCCCAGUACCUCAUCAGUGAGCUGCCUCAGCAGAUCCUACCCACAGCUCAACGGCUGCUAGAUGAACUGCUGUCCUCUCAGUCUACUGCCAUCAACACCGUGUGCGGAGCUCCAGACCCCACUGCAGGCCCUUCAGCGUCUGACCAGAGCACUUGGUAUUUGGAUGAGUCGACCCUGAGUGACAACAUCAAAAAGACACUGCACAAGUUCUGUGGGCCUUCACCUGUCGUCUUCAGUGAUGUAAACUCCAUGUACCUGUCGUCCACGGAGCCACCAGCCGCCGCUGAAUGGGCGUGUCUGCUGCGACCUCUGAGGGGCAGAGAGCCAGAAGGCAUCUGGAACCUUCUGUCCAUCGUCAGGGAGAUGUUCAAGAGACGAGACAGCAACGCUGCCCCGCUUCUUGAGAUCCUCACUGAGCAGUGCCUCACCUACGAACAGAUCAUCAGCUGGUGGUACAGUGUUCGGACCUCAGCGUCCCACAGCAGUGCCAGUGGCCAUACGGGGCGCAGCAAUGGCCAGUCAGAGGUGGCGGCUCAUGCCUGUGCCAGCAUGUGUGACGAGAUGGUGGUGCUCUGGAGGCUGGCAGUGCUCGACCCCACUAUGAGCCCCUGCAGGCGCCUGGAACUGUCAGGUCAGCUGAAGCAGUGGCACCUGAAAGUUAUAGAGAUAGUGAAGCGAGGACAGCAUCGCAAGUCCCUGGAUAAACUGUUCCAGGGCUUCAAGCCCGCCGUGGAGUCCUGCUUUUUCAACUGGGAGGUGGCCUACCCGCUGGAGGGCAUCACUUACUGCAGCGCUGAUAAGAAGAGCGCCACAUUCUGCUGGUCCAGGGCAGUGCAGCUCCAGAGAGGAGCCAAAGCUGCUGCAGGAGGGGGUGGAGAAUCUUCUGAACCAGGGGGAGGGGUGAGAGUUGAAGGUGGAGCUGGGGGGGAUUAUAAAGGUAGAGGAAGUGGUCACUCGUCCCAACAGGAGGUGGCAGUGCGACCCAAGGAAACCAUACUGACCAAGAGGAAGGGUCUGUCAGUGAGCGGAGGGGGAGGGAUGCUGGUCCGUCUGGGAGGGAGCGUCUCUCUGUCCCUGGAAGACGGAGGAGGGAAGUGCAUGUACAAAGGGCCAGGCUCCUCCUCUGGAGGGAAACUGAAACUGACACAGGGAGGUGGGAAGGGGGCAUCUGUAGGAGGGCCCGGAGGAAGUGGAGUAGGAGGUGGUAAGCAUGCCAACGCCAAGCGGAGAACCAGCAGUGAAGACAGCUCCCUGGAGCCAGACCUGGCUGAGCUCAGCCUGGAUGAUGGCUGCAGUCUGGCUCUGGGGGCUGAGGCCAGCAACACUUUUGAGUUUCUCCCUCCACCGCCAGAGAUGUUGCCCUCCCCAAGUCCACUGCUCCGAGACUCACGCAAGUACAGCAGCAGCAACGGGGGGGGCAAGAUGUUUGAAACGAAGCAUGUCGGCCAUGCCUCAGCUGGACUUCCUGCUGCGGAGCCUGCUCCACCUUGUUUCCCUCCAAAAGAGACAGUGCCGGUUGUUAUGGACAUACCUGGUGCUGCAGAGCUGGCGGUGGAGCCUGUCCAGAACAGAGAGGAAGAUGUAGACUCGGCAGGCAGUACCCAGCCUUCCACUUCCACCACUACAGCUAGAUCAGGGACCACUCAACCGUCUGCCAAGCCACCGCGGAGCCGCAGAGAGGCGGCGUUUGCUGCACCAGCAGCAGGAAGCGGGGCAGCAGCUGCAGGUGGACUAGCUAACCAAGGAGCAGAGGCAGCAGGUGGAGCUGCAGGAGGAGAAUCCGUGGGUGAGGAUGACUAUCAGGCAUACUACCUGAGUGCUGCCUCAGAGGAGGGAGCAGACAGACAGCUGGCUGACAACCACCAGGAGGAGGAGCCAGACAUCUUUGCAGGGAUGAAACCGCUGGAGCAGGAGGGGCGCAUGGAGGUGCUGUUUGCUUGUGCAGAGGCUCUACAUGCUCAUGGCUACAGUAAUGAGGCAUGCCGGCUAGCUGUGGAGCUGGCCACAGACCUGUUAGCCAACCCUCCAGACCUGAAAGUGGAGCAGCCGCAGACUAAGGGUAAGAAGAGCAAGGUGUCAACCACCCGUCAGACGCAGGUAGCCACUAACACACUGUCCAAAGCCGCCUUCCUCCUCACUGUCCUCAGUGAACGACUGGAGCUCCACAACCUGGCCUUCAGCACCGGCAUGUUCUCCCUGGAACUCCAGAGACCACCGGCAUCAACCAAAGCUCUGGAGGUGAAGCUGGCCUACCAGGAGUCGGAGGUGGUGGCUCUGUUGAAGAAGAUUCCUUUGGGCCUGGUGGAGAUGUCAGCCAUCAGAGAGCGAGCCGAGCAGCUCAGAGACGGAAACUUCUGUGAUUACAGACCUGUGCUGCCUCUGAUGCUAGCCAGCUUCAUCUUUGAUGUACUGUGUACCCCAGUUGUGUCCCCAACGGGUUCCCGUCCGCCAAGCCGCAACCGUAACAACGAGAUGCCUGGCGAUGAGGAGCUGGGCUUCGAGGCUGCUGUCGCUGCACUCGGUAUGAAGACCACAGUAAGUGAGGCGGAGCAUCCUCUGCUGUGUGAAGGAACUAGACGGGUGAAGGGUGACCUGGCUCUGGCUCUCAUGAUCACCUAUAAGGAUGACCAGAGCAAGCUCAAGAAGAUACUGGAUAAGUUGUUGGACAGGGAGAGUCAGACCCACAAGCCCCAGACCCUGAGCUCCUUCUACUCCAGCAAGCCAGCAGCUGGCAGCCAGCGCAGCCCAUCCAAACACACUGCCUCUGGACACAGUGGGGUGAGCGGGGCCACCGGGGGUGUCUGCAAACACACACCCUCCUCUUCGUCUGCGACCACUGUAGCGGCCUCGUCUUCCAGCUCUUCCUCUGCCGUGGCACUGGCUGGUGAAGAGGUGGCUCAUCAGGCUGAACUGAACCCAGUGCAGAACAGUUCAGCAGGGGAAGGUCCUGCUGAGACCAGGCAGCAUGUAUCAGAUGGGCCUCCGUCAUCCAAUGACCAGCAGAAUGAAACAGCUCCAUUUAAGCUGGAGGCCACUGUGCCCAGUCGGCUGGCGCUGGGGACCCGCUGUGGAUACAGCCAGCGUUGCUGGGGCUCACCUGUCCGGCAGAAGAAGAAGCACACCGGCAUGGCGAGUAUCGACAGCAGUGCUCCGGAGACAACCUCAGACAGUUCGCCCACUCUCAGCCGGCGGCCGCUCCGGGGCGGCUGGGCAGCAACCUCCUGGGGGCGGGGCCAGGACAGUGACAGCAUCAGCAGUUCAUCGUCUGAUUCCCUGGGCUCCUCCUCCUCCAGCGGCUCUCGCAGGGCAGGGGGCGGGGCCAGGGCCAAGAGCACAGACACCAGCAGGUACAAAGGGCGACGUCCAGAGUGCCACGCCCCCCACGUGCCCAACCAGCCAUCAGAGGCAGCAGCCCAUUUUUACUUUGAGCUGGCCAAGACGGUGCUGAUCAAAGCUGGAGGGAACUCCUCCACCUCCAUUUUCACCCAGCCCUCAGCCAGUGGGGGCCACCAGGGGCCCCACAGAAACUUGCACCUGUGUGCCUUUGAGAUUGGCCUGUAUGCUCUUGGCCUCCACAACUUUGUCUCACCCAACUGGCUGUCCAGGACCUACUCCUCCCAUGUGUCUUGGAUCACUGGCCAGGCCAUGGAGAUCGGCAGUGCUGCCCUCAACAUUUUGGUGGAGUGUUGGGACGGUCACCUCACCCCUCCGGAGGUGGCAUCCCUGGCUGACCGAGCAUCUCGGGCCCGGGACCCCAACAUGGUUCGGGCGGCGGCAGAGCUGGCCCUGAGUUGCCUGCCUCACGCUCACGCCCUUAAUCCUAAUGAAAUCCAGAGAGCCCUGGUGCAAUGCAAAGAGCAGGACAAUGUGAUGCUGGAGAAGGCCUGCAUGGCGGUAGAGGAAGCAGCCAAGGGUGGAGGUGUGUACCCUGAGGUUCUCUUUGAGGUGGCUCACCAGUGGUACUGGCUGUAUGAGCAGUCAGUGGGCGGGGGCUCAGGCCAGCAGCGAGAGACCUCUGGGCGCUGUGGGGCCAACGGCGGUUCGGGCAGGAGGCUCCCAGAGUCCACCUGUGUUGUCCUCGACAGCGGAGCCAACAUGGAGUCUCCGGGGAUGGCAACAGUCACAGCCUCAGUCACUGCCGCAGCCGUCGUACCCGUCAUCUCUGUAGGCUCCACCAUCUACCAGUCCCAUCCGAUGCCCGGGCAGGCCAUGGCUCACCCCCACAGCCAGGGCCUGCACCCGUACACCACCAUCCAGGCCCAUCUCCCCACCGUCUGCACCCCCCAGUACCUGGGACACCCUCUGCAGCACGUCCCCCGACCCACCGUCUUCCCCGUGUCUGGGGCUGCAUAUCCACAGGGAAUGCACCCAGCCUUCAUCGGUGCACAGUACCCGUUCUCAGUGGCCACUGGCCCUCAGCCACCUAUGGCAGCCACAGCUGUGACCUUCCCUGGCGUCCCAGUACCGUCCAUGACUCAGAUCGCCGUCCAUCCCUACCACACUGAGACGGGCCUGCCCCUCAGCACCACUGUAGCAGUAGGCAGCGUCCACACGGGCCCCACCAUCCAGGCCAUACAGGGAGCAUCUCUGCCCUCCCUCUCCUCCCAGCCUGGCUCAUUGGUCACUCCUUUCCCAGCAGAGGACGAGCAGCACAGCCAGCCAAUCAGCCAACAGGGCCUGCACUACCUGCAUUCUGCCUACAGAGUUGGCAUGCUGGCGUUGGAGAUGCUGGGCAGGAGGGCACACAAUGACCACCCCAACAACUUCUCCAGGAGUCCACCUUACACUGAGGAUGUCAAAUGGUUGCUAGGACUGGCUGCAAGACUAGGAGUCAACUAUGUGUACCAGUUCUGUGUCGGAGCAGCUAAAGGCGUCCUCAGUCCAUUCGUCUUGCAGGAGAUCAUCAUGGAGGCUCUACAGAGGCUGAACCCCGCCCACAUCCACGCCCACCUCCGAACACCUGCUUUUCACCAGCUCGUCCAGCGCUGCCAACAGGCCUACCUGCAGUAUAUCCACCACCGGCUCAUCCACCUGACGCCUGCCGACUACGAUGACUUCGUCAACAUCAUCCGCAGCGCUCGAGGUGCUUUCUGCCUGACACCUGUUGGUAUGAUGCAGUUUAACGACGUGCUGCAGAACCUGAAGAGAGGCAAGCAGACCAAGGAGCUGUGGCAGCGGAUCUCCCUGGAGAUGGCAACUUUCUCCCCCUGAGCAGCACGCUCGCGGCGAGAGUGUGCUAGGCCCGGACCUGGGCUUGAGGAGUCCCAUCCAGCGCCCACUCGGCCUCCAGCACUGCUACUGCCAUUGCACUGAGCCGGCCACAUUCAUGCUGUCUGGUUGUGUCAGGGACCCUGCUCCCUGCAACGUGGACUCCAACACGUGACACAGGCAGUACAAUCAGCUCCCAUACCCCUGACCCGCAGAGACUUCCUUUUUUUGUGUGCGUUUGUCCUCCCACAGCUCAGAGGAGAAGCCGGGUCACCUUCCUGCUCUCCUCUGAUCUUGACUGACUCCUCACUCUCAUUUUAUCAUGGUUCAUGUUUGUGUAACUGUGGAAUUAAAGUGUACUCCUUCCUUUCUUUAUCUAACUCGUCUUUUCCAUUUCCCCCAAACUGAAGACAUUGACGGGGAUCUUUCACCCUCCAUCCUCACUUCGUUUCCAGUGUUUUGUAGUUUUGUUUAGUUUCGUUUUGAAUGAAACCACUGAGUGUGGGUCAUUUUCAUGCUGCAACAUUCCUGUCCAGAGUGGUAGGUGCUGUGAUGUCUCAUUCACUAAAAGCUUGUCACUAUGGAUCUGAAUCUUUGCAGAGUGGGAGAAAAGGAAGAUUUGCAAGGAAGAAAAGGUUUAAUAUGAGAAAUUAUAUUGUGAGUACAGGUGAGGAUUUUUCAGUAUUUUGUUUAAUCUUUUUUGAUACUUUGUAUAGAAUAUGACAUGUAUGCAGAAUGGAAUGGGAAGAGAAUGAGAGGAUGUUAAAGGUGCUGUUGUUGUUGUGUGGGAUCCAAAUGUACAUUUCAGCCUGCCUGAGGAGUGACGUGAGCACAGCUCCAGACCAAAACCAGAGGCCACCUAACCACUGUGUGGCCAAGCAACACUUCGAACAUCUGGAUCAGUCUUUUGUUAUGACUUGGCAGUUGGGCUGGGAAUCAUUUUUCAGUUUAUCAGUUUUCUGAUGCAAUUUUUUUCAGACCUCAGUAAAGCGACAUAUUUAUAUUGUUAAAUAUAAAAAUUUUCUAUAUUAAAAAAAGCCACCUUGCCAUUUUUCAAAAUAAGCCAAGCUUGUCAAAUUCCGUCUGUAAUGCUGUCUUCACAUAACUGUUCAAUAUCUCAGCUAAAAUAAAGUAAAUAAAACUAAAUUAGAAUUUACAUCCAGUGAUCAAAGAAGUUUUACAUGAAAAUAAAUCAAUCAUUGGGUGCAUCCAAGUUUUGAUGGAGAGUAAUGCAAACACACAUCAGUGUGCACUCAAAAGUACUGAGAGUCCAUACCCAGCCCUCCUUUUCAGCAUCCAACUGACUCGUUCAGAUGCAUAGACAGUCUCACAUGCUUCCCAUUAAAUUGUUUAGGAAAGCACACUAACGUUGUAUGUUUGCCAAGCUGGUCACUUAGUCCCCAUCCUUGUCUUUUCCUUGCACACAUACAGUUAGAAGCCACUGUUGAUAAAACAUUUUAUAUAUAUCUUAUCUUUGUGUAGCUUGUCCAAGUGUAUUUUUAGGUGAAGUAUAUUCUCCUCAGUGCGGUGGACCCAACAGGAAUGAGGGUACUUCCCCUUGUGUACAACUGUGAUUGAAUGCUUUGUCCCCCAUCAGCCACAAAGGGGCAGUAGUUAAACCCUUACUGGUUUAAAAACCCAGUUGGACAAGCCACACAAAGCUGAAAUGUAUGCUUUGUCAUAAGAGUAUGGUUUGUUUUUACAAGAGAGAAAAGAUGGUUGAUUAAGUAGCUGGUUUGGCUAAUGUCUGCUUUUAUUGGGAAGCAUCUAGGACUGUCACACACAGUGGAAUAGUCUGGAUUGCCUUUUUUGGAUCUUCUUCAGUUCACACUUUUGCGUGAAUUUAGAGGCUCCUUGAGGUCUUUCCCAAAAUCCACAGUAUGCCGCUCAUCUCGUCUCUGUGAGUCUACAGCUGUGAUUUUGUGAUGCCACUACAUUGACUCUGCAGACUGUCUCACACAGGGACAGUGAAGCUCACUGGUCUAAACACUAUUAAAGGCCAGGACAGCGCUGCUGAGAUGAGCUGUGUGAUGCACACGAGUCCAAACAUUCACUGGGCCCUGUCAGAAAUCACACACAUUGGUGUGUUUGAUGGGCCCCUUUCUUCAGCGUGGUUAGCUCGUAGACCAUGGUGCUGUUACUUUAAGACAUGUUGACUUUCCAUCUCUGUCCAGGCAGCUGCUGUGGCUCUGAACCCACCUCUUUGACUGGCUCUGGACCUCACAGGUGAAGGUGACUUAGAAAAUGUGCUGUGAUAUUUUUGUAUUCCUCAUAAAGCGUAGCUUGAUUGAAAAGUUCUAUAUGUGCUGAUUGCAAAAGGUUCUAAUUUAGAGUGAAAAGAAUAAAAAAAGAUAAAAGCAAUACUAAAAGUUUAGAGUUUACUUAAUAAAGAUGAUUCAAAACACAAA